AUCGUGGGCUGGGCCGGGGCGGGCUGCUUGCUCCAGAUCCGAGCAUUGGAGAGCGCGGCUGGAAGGAGGAGGGCCCGGGGGAACCGCGUCGGCCCGGAGGGGAGCGAGGCCCUGGCGCUCGGCAGCUCGAUCCUGCGGAGGGCCUCCGCGGCAGGUGCACGACCCGCGCCCGCAUUCCCGGGAAGCGCCCUGGCUGGCCUUCCUUUGGGCGCCCCGCGGGCGAGCUCUGCAACCGGAACCGGCCCGCUCUGGACGGGCUCCCGGGCAGAGGCGCCUCGGUGCGCGCCGGAGGAGGAACCGCAGCAACCGCGCGCGGCCAAAGCGACGAGGGAGGCCGGGCGAGAGGCGGCGGCGGCGGCGGCGCGCUCGAGAGGCGGCGCGCUCUGGGCGCAGCGCGGUGCGGCGUGCAGGCCGGCAGGCUCAGCCGAGUGCUCGCCGCCGCCGCCGCCGCCGCCGCCGCUUCCCUCCGCCCUUCCGCCGGGGCCGCCUCCGCCUCCGCCUCCGCCUGCGAUGGCGGCGCGCUCCCCGCCCCGGCCGAGCUCGGCCCGGCAGCGCUGAAGCGGCGGCCUGGGGAGCGGCUGGCGCGGCCCAUGUCCUCCCAGGGGGCGGAGGAGCCCGAGCCGCCCACCCGCGCUGCUGCUGCUGCUGCUGCGGCGGCGGCCAGGGAGGCGGCUCCGGCGGCGGGCGCUCCGCAUUGUGCGCCGCGCGGCAGCGGCGGGAGCAGCAGCCUGGCGAGCGAGAGCGGCGGCCCGGCCCGACCGGAGCCGCCUUUGCCGCCCCUCGCCCGCCAGCCCAGCCCCAUGAAGGAGCCGGGCGGCCCCGGGGCAGCGGGCGGCGGCGGGGAGGGAGCCGCCGCCGCCGCCGCCUCUUCUUCGGAAGGCCAGGAGGCCGCAGGAGGGGCCGUCGCCCCCGUCGCCGCGGCGCAGGCUGAGGGCAGCAGCAAUGGCAGCGGCGGCGGUGGCAAUGUUGGGACCAGGGCCUCUGUGGGCAGAGAGCGCUUGAAGAGGACCCAGAAAAUUAUGAAAGCAGAAGGUUGCGAUUCAUCCAGGCCCCAAGCAUCUCCUAGCGAGGAUGCCGCAGCAACGACGGAAGUGAAGGUGAAGACGGAAGUCCCAGAUGACUACAUUCAGCAGGUGGUCUGGCAGGAUGAUCCCAAAGAGCCGAAGAAGAAAGGUGGUGGGGUAGCCGAGGUGCCUGCAGAAAUUUGUGUGGUGAUUGGUGGGGUCCGCAACCAGCAGACUCUCGGGUCCUAUGAGUGCGGAAUAUGUGGAAAGAAAUAUAAGUACUACAAUUGUUUCCAGACCCACGUUCGAGCGCACAGAGACACAGAAGCAGCAUCAGGCGAAGGAGCCUCCCCUGGGAAUAACUUUAGGUACACGUGUGACAUUUGUGGGAAGAAGUACAAAUACUACAGUUGCUUCCAAGAGCACAGAGACCUGCAUGCAGUGGAUGACCCCUACGACCAAGCAAUGAUUGCCAAGGAGGAGGUGAAAGAAGAGGAGCCCGAGCCCUUUCAGAAGAUUGGUCCAAAAACAGGCAACUAUACCUGCGAAUUCUGUGGCAAGCAGUACAAGUACUACACACCAUACCAGGAACACGUGGCCCUUCAUGCACCAAUCAAGUACUCUCGAUCUCCACUCUUCGUGGCUGUGAAGACCCAGGCGAACCAAUCGGGCAAAAAAACACCGACGGCGCCCAUAAUCCGGUGCUCCACCCUCCUCCACCGCACUCCCUCCGGUAUCCCACCGGCAGCAUCCCCGUCACAGACGUUCCGCGCUCCAAAUUCUGGAUCCCCAGGAAGCAAGGCCACCACAGCAGAAAGCGCUUUCAGUCGAAGAGUGGAAAGCAAACUGCAAAACAACUAUGAAGAAACGAACAGCAGCUCCCAGAACUCCAGUGAGCCAUACACCUGUGGUGCCUGUGGCAUUCAGUUCCAGUUCUACAACAAUCUCCUUGAGCACAUGCAGUCCCACGCAGCUGACAAUGAAAACAACCAGCCCAGGUCACCUCCAGCUCUGGUGGAAGAGAAAUGGAAGCCGCAGCCACAGAGGAACAACUCCAACAACACGACAGCUGGUAGCUCUCUCCCGAACAGCCCCAUCCCCGAGAAGGAGCGACAGAACAUAGCCGAGAGGCUGCUGAGGGUGAUGUGCGCUGAUCUGGGGACACUGAGUGUGGUGAGCGGCAAAGAGUUUGUUAAACUGGCACAAAGUCUGGUUGACAACGGUGCUCGCUAUGGCGCCUUCUCUGUUACGGAGAUCCUUGGCAACUUCAACACGCUAGCCCUCAAGCACUUGCCCCGGAUGUACAACCAGGUGAAAGUGAAGGUCACCUGUGCUCUUGGCAGCAAUGCCUGCUUGGGCAUUGGCGUCACCUGUCACUCGCAGAGCGUUGGCCCCGAUUCCUGCUAUAUUCUGACUGCGUACCAGGCAGAAGGCAGCUGCAUCAAGAGUUACGUCCUGGGGAUCAAAGGAGUGGACGUUCGCGAUAACGGGGACUUGGUCCACCAGUGGGUGCAAAACGUGCUUUCCGAGUUUGUUAUGUCUGAGAUCCGGACCGUGUACGUCACAGACUGCAAGGUGAAUUCCUCUGCAUUUUCCAAGGCGGGCAUGUGUUUGCGUUGCUCUGCGUGUGCCUUGACCUCCGUGGUGCAGAGCGUGCUUAACAAGCGCACCCUCCAAGCACGCAACAUGCACGAGGUCAUUGAGCUGCUGAAUGUCUGCGAGGACCUGGCGGGCUCUGCAGGGAUCUCCAAAGAGACCUUUGGCUCCCUGGAGGAGACCUCUCCUCCCCCCUGCUGGAACUCCAUUACGGACUCUCUGCUGCUUGUCCACGAACGCUACGAGCAGAUCUGCGAGUUUUAUAGCCGGGCCAAGAAGCUAAACCUUAUCCAGAACCUCAACAAGCACCUGCUGAGCAACCUAGCAGCCAUCCUGGCUCCGGUGAAACAUGCCGUGAUUGAACUGAGCAACGAGAGCCGGCCCACGUUGCAGUUGGUGCUGCCUACCUACGUGAAACUGGAGAAACUCUUCACCUCAAAGGCCAACGACGCAGGCAUUGUCAGCAAGCUGUGCCACCUUUUCCUGGAAGCCCUGAAGGAGAACUUCAAGGUGCACUCGGCCCACAAGGUGGCCAUGAUUCUGGACCCUCAGCAGAAACUGCGCCCAGUCCCCCCUUACCAGCAUGAGGAGAUCGUCGGCAAGGUGUGUGAACUGAUCCACGAGGUGAAGGAAUCCUGGGCCGAGGAGCCCGAUUUUGAGCCUGCCUCCAAAAAGUCUCGGACCUCGAGUGAGAGUUCUCCGACUCGGGAGGAAGACCGGUCGGGCAAAAGCGAGGUCUAUGACUACUUGCAAGAGCCCCUUUUCCAGGCGGCCCCUGACCUUUUCCAGUACUGGUCCUGUGUGACGCAGAAGCAUACCAAGCUGGCCAGGCUGGCCUUCUGGCUCCUGGCAGUGCCCGCUGUGGGGGCCAGAAGCAACUGCGUCAACAUGUGUGAACAAGCCCUCCUGAUAAAGAGGCGGCGACUGCUGAGUCCUGAGGAUAUGAACAAGCUCAUGUUCUUGAAGUCCAACAUGCUUUAAAACGAGGAGGGGGGUCUGGGAGGGAGCGGCAUCCUCCCAGAACAUGUCCCAGCCACUCGCAAACACUGUGGACCUCAUCCGGAGCGCCUGGGAAAUAAAAAGUGCUUUUGAUACACAUAUUGAUACCUCUAUAUUAAUAUGUAUAUAAAAAGCUCCCUGGAAAGGAAUGCAGGUGAGAAGCACACCUCUGCUCGAAACACGCUCCAUCCUUGAGGUUUCUGUGUGAACUUGAUAAAACCUCCUCACGUUUUGAAGAGGGCAGGCCGGUUAGUCUGGAGUCUUUAGGCAGCUGAGUUUCUAAAUUAACUUGAAUGGUUGUUUCAUUAAUACUCUUUUCAGAAAUAACCCCUCCCUCCACCCCCAACUCCCCCUUCUGUUUUCCUUCCCCUCUUCUGAGCCCUGAUGCCAGGGACGGUCAGCCUUGAUUUCUGCUAGUUUUUGGCCACACUGGGUGGCUCCUCCUAUGAGGGGCGUUCAAGGCUUCCUGUUGGCAACAUAAAUCAUGUCGCAUUUGCAGGCAGCUGUCUUUCAGAAACCUCCAAGUCAGGAACGGAGACUUGAAGAAUUAAAAAGAAAAAAAUCCAGGAGAAAAAAGCUACCUGAUUUUGAUACCAGUAACUUGACUUCUCUUAAGGAAAAAAAAAAAAGGGGGGGGGUGGGGAAAUUAAAACCUGAAAGAAUAUUUUGCAGAAAAGGAUACAUAGCCCUCCUGUUAAAGUCCUGGCUAGCUGCUCUGUCUAAACUCCGUGGCCAUUCGUGUUUUUGCAGUUGGCUUGAGAAGAGGCACAGGGAGGCAUUUUGUGUCUCCUCGGGAUGCCAGCGAUAAAACAUCAGUAGGAAUCUCUUCCCUGCCAGGCGGCCGGCAACACGCCUCCUGUCCACCUCCUGACCUCCAGAGACACUUUGCUGUGUAAGAACUUUUUUGAUAUUCUUGUCCAGUCUCCACGUUCAGAGCAAUAGUUGACUCAAGGCAGUUGUCCUUUGAGCAUCUGGCUUCACUCUUACUGGCGAGGAGGUAGAAGGUAAGCGCAGAGUCGAGGUGCUGGGAUUCUGCCUGGGCUGCUGGCACACCUGCUCUGGGGCCUGGUGGUUUCUCUUGGGUUGCAGCUGGGGACGGUGAUGGUGGUGACAUUUUGAUUAGUCAGACCCAAACCGCAGGAUCUGCCAGUUGGUGGCCAGUGGAGGCAGGGUGCAGUUUUGUCACACAGUUCUGUUUAUCUUCAAAGUAUUGUUGGCAAGAGGAGUGGAAGGGGUUUCCUAGUCUUGCCUGCUGCCCGUAGAGGUGCUCUUGGUCUCGCCAGCAGCAGAGGGAAUGAUGCCACUUGCGGGAGAGGGCACCCACCACCUGGCAGCCCGCAGCUGAGCCAUCCCAGCGUGGCUUAGAAGAGACCCGUCCCAUUUCUCUUCUCUUUAAGGCCUGCUUUCCUCCUCCUUCCAGCCAGCUGUUGGAGACCCCUGAAAGGGGCUUAGACUGUGAGGCUGCCUGUAUCCAGCCCUGCUGGCCACUGGAACGGAUUCCCCCCCUUAGAGCCCAGGGUGAUCCACUGCUGCAUUUCCUCUCCCCCCCCCCAACCCCAAGGGAAGGGUGAUGGUGUGGGCUGUUUCUCUUUGGGGGCUGUCCCAUUCCAGGUUGCACCUCUAAGCUUUUAAUGUCUGCAUAGGCCAGGCGGCGUCUCCACGAGGAGGUUACUGUGAUCUAUGAUGAGAUUUAGAUUAUUAUAAUUCUGGUCUUACUAAACUGUUUGUCAUGCAGACAUGUUUCUCCUGCUGGUCUCUUCAUAUUCCUUCCCUUCCUCCCCUGGACACGGGGGUUCCUGUGAGCAUACGUUAACUCUUGGAAUGCUAUUACAUUUAAGCAGGUAAUUUAAUCUCUAAGAUCAAUUGCUCAUUCUUUUAAAUCUGCCUUAGGUGUUCUCGUGGAUCUGAUUAUUACAAAUUUUCAUAUUUAAGAAAUGCAGGCCUAACCCCAUAAAUAUGAAGAUAGGAGGAUUCCAUUCUGAAUCUUUGGAAUUCCAGAACUCUUACAUUUUAAUUUUUCAAACAUCCACAUGCGAGAGAAUGAAAUGCAGGACAGUUGCUCACAGGUACCACCAUGCUUAGGGGUGGACAGGCAUGGCCUCCCCUGUAAUGGAUUCUGGGAUACAGUGGGAGAGAAGAGAACCUGUGGGGCGGGGAGCAGUCAGAUGUACGUGGAAGCCCCUGAGUACAACUCUUAAACUAAUUAGGCCUUUGUGCUAGAACAGCAACGGUGGGGAUGCAAGAACUUCACAAACAACAGGAAUGUCAGGGUAGGAGAAUAUCCGGACAAUCCUUGUGCAUAUAGGGGAAGAAGCUGGGACAAAGCCAGAGUCCGGAGCAAUGGUGUGGAAGAGUCUAAGGUUGUAACAAAUUAGCUCCACUAUUGCCUUUGCAAAGCUGGUUUGGGAAUGGGGGGUGGGGAGUUGUUUCAGCCCCAUUGCCAGCCUCUCUGACUGGAGAGGGAGCCAGGGCCCUUCUCCUAAGUCACGGUUGCAGGGCUUGGUUGGGUCCAAAACGGAGGAGCUGAGUGUCCAGAGAAAGGGGCAUUGCCCACUUGCGCUCCGUCUGCUCUGGGCUUGCAUGCAGCCACCAAAGCGGGCUGUGGGCAGGGCUGGUGGGCCACAUCUGUGUCUCUCGCGCUGUGGCUUAGGCUCCUGUAGGCCACCCCCCGCUGCCAAGAGGGAGUCUGCCUGAACGGAAGGUGCCCAUCUCUGCCUCUCAAAAUAGGUGGGUCUGUGUCACCAUGAAGGACUCAGGGGAGGUGGCAUCGUGGCAGGUGAUCCCUGAGAAGUCGUCUCCCCCUUCCUCUCACCCUCAGGCAGACAAUCUCCAGGGUGAUGAGUUUUUUAAGUACGUGCAUUUCCUAAGAUGGAAAUGUGUUUGCUGAGUGAUCCCUCCUACCGGAGCAAUCAAGAAGCUGAAGAGCACUUACUCAGGAGUCACCCACCGUCUUUAGCACGGGGAGAGGGAGAACCUCAGUGGGCCACAGGGCAAUGGCAGGGUCGAAGAGUGAAGAACUUCCUUCGGCUGCAGGAAAGGGCUCAAAGCGGUUCUUCUUGUGGGCACAGGUUCCAAGGAUUAGGGAAGGCCUCCUCCUGACCCAGCGGCAGAUGGGUCUGAUGCCAGCUUGGACAGAUGACCCCUCCUCACACUUUCUUUCUACCUCUUUGGUGUUUAUUGAGAGCUUCCUCUGAAUGCCAACUGCCAACUGUUGUCACAGGGAGGGGUUUAGUCUUUGGCCACUUGGUGUGUUGGUUAAAACUGCUGCAGACGUCAGCAGGAGCCAAAGCCAGCAGCAGGCAGGCAGCCUGUCGGACCCCUCCCCACUUGGGAAUAGGGAUGGUGGUGCGUAAAGGCCUGGCACGGGGAGGAAAGCGCCUGUGUUGGGUAGCUUGGCGUUCCUGGCAAUAUGAGGCGCUUCCGAGACGGCAUCUUUGCUGCCUUGGACAGUUGCAUAAAUCUAAAUGUCAUCUUAAAGAAGAGAUAACAGAAAAAUUUAAAAAAUAUAUACAAAAAAUAUUUUUAGGCCAGAGUUUUCUACAGGUAUUAAUGAAUAUUUUUCUUAAUCCUCAUAAGUUUUACUGUGUUUAAUAUUUCUUAAUACCGGUAGCAUUAAUUUAUACUUUUGUAGCGACACACUAUUUUUAUAAAACGCCACCACUUGGCUUGUCUUCGUGAGGGGGGGGGAUUGUGUGAGGGCGAUGUGCUGACCCAUGUACUGUAUUUAAAAAAACGAAAAGUUAUCUACUGUCACGCUUGCUGUGUGUUAAUAAACAAAAAGGAAACUUGC